GAGGACUCCACAGACUGAAGAGGACUGACCACAAACUUCGGGGUCCCAGUUCGCUCCUGUGGAAUAAACUCUUCUGUGUUUGUGAGCGUCCACGUGCGCGGGGAGGGCUCCACCAGAUGACCCGUGGGCAUGUUUACCUCCGUCUCUAACAGCGUGGGCUCCUCUGGGUCUGAGGAUAUUUUUGACGAUGACUGCUACUCUCCGUCCUCCCUGUCCUCCUCCUCCUCCGUCCCCACGGCGUCCUCUCUGUCAGGCCGGACUCUGUGCACCUCCUGCGGCCUGGAGAUAGUGGACCGAUACCUCCUCAAGGUGAACAACUUGUGCUGGCAUGUGCGCUGCCUCUCAUGCAGUGUAUGUAAAACAUCUCUGGGGCGACAUGUGAGCUGCUAUAUCAAGGAUAAACAAGUUUUCUGCAAACUGGACUACUUCAGGAGGUAUGGGACGCGCUGUGCCCGUUGCGGCCGUAACAUCCAUUCCAGUGACUGGGUCCGUCGGGCCCGAGGCAGCACCUUCCACCUGGCCUGUUUCUCCUGUACCUCUUGUAAGCGCCAGCUUUCCACUGGGGAGGAAUGUGGACUUCUAGAGAACAGGGUCUUCUGUCGACCCCACUAUGACAUCAUGGUGGAGAAUAUCAAACGGGUGAAAGUAAACGAGGACGAGGGUGGAGCCAAAGAUGAGUCCAGCGCUGUGCCCAGGCCCACCAAGAGAGCCAGGACCAGCUUCACUGUGGACCAGUUACAGGUAAUGCAAGCUCAGUUUGCUAAAGAUAACAACCCAGACGCACAGACUCUCCAGAAACUGGCAGAGAGGACUGGUCUCAGCCGCAGGGUUAUUCAGGUGUGGUUUCAGAACUGUAGAGCGCGUCAAAAGAAGUACAUCACCCCGAAUCCUGCCUCCUCAACCAUGAUGACAUCGCUAACUCCCUGUCAGCUGACGCCUCCUCUGAUGGAUGAUCAACAGUACACAGCCUUUAUUUCCCCAGAUGCACCUCUGCUCACCACACUGACUUACAUGGAUGUCCAGAAUCCAGAUCCACUUCUGCUUCAGCCACUCAUUUCCCAUUCAUUGACACAGCUACCAGUCAGCCACGCCUGAGCUACAGCCCGCCUCUGGAAAAAACGAAGACACUGAUUGGCUGAUCAACGAUAAAGAACAGAGAAUUUAAAUGACUUUAAUUCAUCAAAUUUCUAUAAAACUGAUCAAAAUUAAUUAAAACUACUAAGAAUAAACUAAAUGAAUUUAAGUUCCUGAAAUGAUUUUGUUCACUCAUACAGAGAUAGACUCAUGCAAACUUUAUCAGAUGUGAGAUAAAACUUUAGUUCCUGUCUAUGUUGUGUUUUUGUCUUUAAUUUAUUCAGAGAAUUUAACGAGAAGGCACUUUGUGGAAAAUAAUGUAAAUUGAGUGAAGAUGUAAUUUUCAGUUUGAUAUUUAGGGAUGAGUUUUGUAAAAGUCUUAUGCUUUCUUACAGAUAGAAUUAGGUUACACCUAAGACGUAGUUAGAAAAUGCUGCAAAUAAAACCCAACAUAACCAAAGAUUUAUUCUGUUUAUCAGCAGCUAGGUGCCAGGUCUGCUGUUCCUAAGCAUGGACGUGUCUAAUGUGAAACACAAAACAUUUCUAAGGAAGCUUUUCUGUGGGGUAUGUGUAACGAUGGACAAAAUAAAAUGUAUUAAUGAUUUGGGGAGGUUUGACUCUAUAAGCCAUGUAUGAACUACACACUGGGAAAAGAUUGACUGUCAAAUCAGAUGUUUGAAAUAAAUUUCUUGGCUGCUCCAGAAA